CCCCCCCGCGUCCUCGACCUCGGCGACACCUUUUCCCCCCACGUCUCACUCAUCGAGCCCGCGCACCGCGAAGUGGGCUCCCGGCAAUACAUGACGCUCAGCCACCUCUCGAGCCUUGAGCCGCUCAAGAAAUGGGAGCUGACCACCAAGAACAUCGCGCUACUCCAGGCCGGGAUCCCCGUGACGUCGUUGCCACCACUCUACCAGGACGCCGUCGCCGUGUGCCACUACCUCGGGAUCCAAAAUCUCUGGAUCUUCGCCGCCUGCGUCGCGCAGGAUGACCCCGUCGACGUGUUCGAGACGCGCGGGCAGAUGGGCGAGAUUGUGCGGCACGCGCACUGCAACAUCGAGGCGGCGAACGCC